UAAUGAGUGAAGGAUAAGAAAUUAAACAAAUUCAAUAAUAAAAUGAAAUCCUAGUUGGGAUGCCAAAAUCUGGAAAUCCUUGGAAGAAACUUUCAACUAAGUAUGAAAUCAUCAUUAUAAUAUUAGAUCAAGUUCAAGAAAUAAAAGAUUUCAUAAAGUUUCAUGGGAAGAAAAGUAAAAAUAAAGAUAAUAAAAGAAAGAAUUAUAAGAGUAUUUGAAAGAAUAUAAAGCUGAAAAAGAAAAGAAGGUAUUUAUUAAUAUUUAUUUAAGAUUUAAGAAGAAAAAUUGAGAAAAAAAAAUAAGAAGAAAUAAGAUGAAUUAAAUAAAUAUAAGACAGCUGAUCUUUAAAUUAUAAAAGAAACAAAAAACAUUAAAAAAUGGACAAAGAAGGCACGUCAAACUUUAGUCAAAUUGCCUGCUGAAAUAUUUGAAUAAUUACUAGAAAAAUAAAGAAGAAAAUGA